AUGCCUUCACCUUUACUUACAACAAGAAAUCAAGAUUCACAGAUUGCAAAGGCUCUGAAAAUGAGCUGCUCCCCAGGACCAGUGAUGGUACUGCUCCUAUUGUUUGGAGGAAGCAAUGGAGAAUCAGUGACCCAGACACAAGGCCAAGUGGCCCUGUUAGAAGGGGCUUCCCUGACUGUGAACUGUUCCUAUGAAACCAAAGGGUAUCCCACCCUGUUCUGGUAUGUCCAAUACCCUGGAGAAGGUCUGCAGCUCCUUAUUAAAGUCGCCAAGGCCAAUGAGAUGGGAGGCCAUAAAGGAUUUGAAGCCAUGUCUGAUGAAGAAAACACCUCCUUCCACUUGAAGAAAGCCACAGUCCUAGUGUCAGACUCAGCUGUGUACUACUGUGCUCUGAGAGACACAGUGGCAGAAACCACAGGAGGAGCUGAGCACAAACUGAGCUGCAGCAGGAGCCUGGCUUCUAAGUUUUUGUUCUGCAAUAGUACUCGUUGUUAUACAGUCCCUAAUUGGAUCUAUAGUUCACCUCCAAAAUUCUGCUUCACCAUUCUACAAAGGACCCCACACCCUCACCUCCAUUGCCAGCACAGUCCAGAUCUGCUGCAGAAGGCUUCAUCUCCCAAACUAGGUGGUCUAGCCCCACAGUCUAACAGCCGGAAGCCAUCGGUGGCCACCCCCAAGGCUGCCUACCGCCACCCAUUGCGCCACUGUUGCCUACUUCAGCCUGCCGUUCCAAGCUCCACCGGUCCUCCCAGAACUGGGACUCCCUAUGAUAUAGAAUGCGAUUCUUCAAAUGCUGAAGAUGCCAUCCAUCACCAAACUGGUCCUGCCAACACCCAGAUCCUCACACUGAAACCAGCCAACACCAUCCUGUAUGCCACAACACAGGCCCUGUGGUUCAGCACACUACCAGCUACUGAUCUUUUGAGUAACCUAACUGGGUCCACUCUCUGGGGGUGGCAAUUCUCUGUGGGAUCUCAAAACCCUCAAACUCAAGCCCCAACCCAAAAGGGAGGGAUCACAUCAAAGGCCACACAGAACUAA